UCUCGCGACCCGCUCCUGCUCCCGACGUCCAUCAUGCCCGUCGAAACCCAAGCCAGGCCGGCUCUCGCUCCCCGUUCGCCCAACAAGACCGCCGCGCCGGCUCACGAUGACCGCGCGAUGAAGAAAGCAGUUGCGGACCUUUUCGCUCGCGAAACCGACGCCCGGAUCCUCGAACACCGCCGACAACUUGACUUCCAGAUCGAGGCCUUCAAGCAGCGCCAGGAGACGCUCAUCACCGCGCUCCCGCGCACCGUACGCUCAAUGACGAUGCGCGAGUUCAUGACGAAGUACGACGGGGACGUGAAGGCGGCGAUCGCGGGCCAGAGUGGAAGAGUGGGUGCUGGAGGUCUGGGCGGCAUCGCCAGCAACUGCAGCGGAAGGGUCGCGGGCCUCGUCGCGCAGGCGCAGAUGCAGAAGGAGGAGCUCAACAAGAAGCGCAAGCGCGUGGAGGACGAUUUGGACGCUCUACGCGCUGCGAAGCGCUCGCCGCAGAAGGCGAUGGCUGUGAUGAGGGAAGGAACGCCGCUGAAAACCCAUACGGACCGCUUUAUCUCGCCGUCGCCAUCUAAGAAACGCCUCAUACAGACCCCGACGCGUCAGACGCCCUCGCGUAUUCAGCCUUCUCGCAUGCAGUCGCCAUCUCGGGUUCAUGAUGCCACGCCUCGCGUACAAGUCACGACACCCUCUCGCGUCCGACCGCCCACCAUCGCUACGUUCAGCCCUGCGCUCACGCUCUCGAAGACGCCCAAGUAUCCUGGAAGUCACACCCUUGCAAGUGGAUCCUCAUAUCAAACGAUCUCAGGCUCUCCGAAUCGUACUCUGGGUGGCUCUCCAACCCGCCUCCUCGCUGGCUCACCCUCUCGCAUCCAAAACGACUCUCCGAAUCGAUUGAACGUCAGCGCUGCUACCAGUCCCGCCCGCCGAGUCCCCGUCAAAGGCCGCAUCAUCGUUCACAAACUCGACUCCCAGCCUUCCGCCUCGACCUCGUCCGCUACCGGCGCCAGUCUCGCGCUCUCCUCCAUUUUCGCCAAAGCUCGCGACUCUCCUUCUGCCUUCGCCAUGACGCCCCGGUCCGCCUCCAACCCUGCACCGCCGUCUACCUUACGACCCGUUGCUACGCCUCUCACCCCGCGUCGCGCGCACUCUACGCUCGCGCUUCGUACCUCGACUCUCGGCGUGCGCAUUCCUACAAUCGAUGGGCAUGUCCUAGAGCUCGAUCCGCUGACAAACUCGCCGGGAGAUUUGGAUCGAUUGCAGGGGAUCUCGACGCGUGCGAAGCAGGAGGCGCGGAAGGAGAUGGGGCGGCUGGUGGAGGGGGCGAUGCGGAAGUGGAGGGUGGGGUAGUGGAAAGCAGAAGUUAGAGUGGAAUAACCCGAAGUGGAUAGGCUCACUGGGUUGUCAUAUCGAUACUUGACAGUCUCGUCAAAUCAAACUGCAAUGUUAUACGGACUCGAAGAGG